CUAGCUCAACAGUCAUCGGCACAAAGUUCAGUGAACAAGUGGUGCAAGAAACAGCAACAAGAGGAGAGAGUGUGUGUUAUCAGAGAGGUUUAGUGGCAUUAGGAGCAGCACUUCAGGAUCCCAACAACGGCUAUAAGGAUUAUACUCAAACAGGGUCGAUGAGCUCUCAGAUGGAUUAUGCGAUGAAGUCCCUCAGCCUUCUGACUCCGUCUGCCCUCUCCAAGUGUGUGACAGCCAGCGUCUCAGCCAGCGCUUCCAUGACCCAGCAGCUGCUGUCGGGUCGAGCUCCUCGACCAAGGCCCUUCAGGGUUACAAAUGCUGACCGCAGCGUGAAGAAGGGAAUCAUGGCAGACUCUCUAGACGAUCUAAUAAACAAGGUCAGUGACUCGUUGAGCAUAUUGUGUGUCAGCGCCCUGGUGCUGGAUGAAGACGGCACAGGGGUGGACACAGAGGAGUUCUUCCAGACGCUGCCUGUAAACACUGUCCUCAUGGUCCUGGAGAAGGGCCACAAGUGGACUCCACAUGCGAACAGCCCCUCCAGAGAUCAGCUCACUGCCUGCAGGCCACAGCACCGGAAAGACGUGGCCAAGCUGACUUUUGACCUCUACAAAAACAACCCCAAGGAUUUCAUUGGCUGCCUGAACGUGAAGGCGACCUUUUACGGCGCUUAUACUGUGUCCUAUGACCUGCGCUGUUACGCUGCCAAAAAGAUGCUGAAGGAGGCUCUGCGAUGGACCAUCUUCUCCAUGCAGGCCACAGGCCACAUCCUGCUGGGCUCCUCCUGCUACAUCGAGCAGCUGCUGGAGGAGGAGGAGCGAGCAGAGAAGAAUCUGACGCUGCCACAGGAAGGCAGGAUCAGGCAGCUGCAGAGCAUGCUGCUGGGAAAGACAUCCCACUGAUGACGGACUAAAGCUGACGAUGGUGGAACGAACACAUUGUCCACUCUUAGAUUUAGAGCACAGUGUAGAUUGUCGCAGAUGAAACUGGUGAUCUUCUCAUGUUCAUGUCACAGUUUCCUGUGUUGUUUGCAGACACUGCGAUAGUCUCACAGUCACUUUCUCGCUCUGUUACAUUUUUCUGCCCCAUAUGUAUGUAGAAGCUGAUGCCACAAGUUAUUCCUCAGAAAGCACUUUUACUCACUACUGUAACUUUUUCCUGUGGAAGUGAAUAAAUAAAACUAACCCUUUUUUUAUUUUCUCGUUCCUGAAAGUCUGUUUAAGUCUACAUACAGUAGGUCCACAUGGGAGCUUAGAUGUGCAGUGUAAGCCCAUUAAGCUGCCUUUGUGUGUGUGUGUGUGGUUCCUGGUCAAAGUCAGUGUAAUUGGCAACAGGUCCAGCUGUCUCUCCCACGCUUCCCUAAUUGUCCCCUGGCCUGCACUGUCCUGUCAGCUGCAGCCUGCCUCUGCCUCAGAAAAUCAGAGGAAGAGAACGAAGGAAGAGCAGGCAGCUGCAAGGGGUGAGGGGACGGAAGCGAACCAUUACACUGAGAGAGAGAGAGGAGAGAGCAAGAUGAUGGCUUCAGCUGGUGGCAGAAGUGCCACUAUUGCCAUUUUGUCCUGGAAGGUGGCAGCAAAAGGCUGAGGACAGAUUUUAACCAAAUUGGCUGUCUGAUACAUCCUGGAGAGUAUAAAUGUCUAAGGUGUAUAUUCAGAAGGUCAAGAGCUGGGGUAUGACUCUGGUCCACUCCCUGGCUCAUCAUCUGCCGGUUUCUUUUCUUUUUGUCUCGAUUUUCUGUCUAUAGAAAAUAUUAUGACAAGAAAGAAUAAAAACCUGGCCAGAGACAUUUCUGGUUCAGUCCAUGUUUACAUGAAAUGCAAUAAAUACCCCACAUAAUAUCAGCUUGGUUAU